AUGACGCUGCGCCAUGUUACGCCCAUCGAACUGGCUCCGCGUGAAACUGGCUUCCAGGAGAUUGAGAAGCCAAACGCGCAACGUGGCCUGUCGCUCAAGGACAAGCAGGCCCUUGCGCUCCUCAUUGUGCUGUAUGCGCUACAGGGGGUGCCUUUAGGACUGACAAUGGGCUCCUUGCCGUAUCUACUGCAACCACAUCUGGACUAUGCCUCUCUGGGCACCUUUUCGCUCGCUGGCUACCCCUAUAGUCUCAAGCUGCUGUGGAGCCCCAUUGUCGAUGCUCUGUACGUGACAAGCAUCGGCAGACGCAAGAGUUGGAUUCUGCCUGUGCAAGCAGCAGUGGGCGUCUGUCUCUUGUAUAUCGGGAGGUUUGCAGAUGAAUGGGUCGACAAUGCUGGUGCCUCUCUCAAGACACUUACAUGCUUCUUCUUCUUCCUUGUCUUGCUGUGUGCAACGCAAGACAUUGCUGUGGAUGGCUGGGCACUGACGCUGCUCUCUGAAGAAAAUCUAAGCUAUGCAUCGACGGCACAGACUAUUGGCCUCAAUACCGGCUACUUCUUGUCCUUCACCGUCUUUCUGGCCUUUCAGUCGCCCGAGUUUGCAAACACUUACUGGCGAAAUGCUGCAAAUCAGUCGUCACUGGGUCUCAUCACGCUAUCUGGCUACAUUACUGCUUGCGGUUGGAUCUUUCUUGUCGUCACUGCCUUUCUGCUGCUCAUCAAGCGCGAAGCCAAAGAGACAAACGUUACUGAAAGCGUCAGGGAGGUCUAUGAAUCCAUUUGGACCGUCACCAAGCUUCCUCAGGUGCGCACCUUUAUGCUGAUUCAUCUCAUCGCCAAGAUUGGCUUCGUCACAAACGAUAGUGUCACAAAUCUCAAGCUCCUUGAAAAAGGCCUCAAAAAGGAAGACUUGUCGCUUGCAGUGUUGAUUGAUUUCCCGCUCGAAAUUCUGUUUGGUUUCCUGGCUGCCAAGUGGUCGACUGGGCCACGUCCACUACGGCCCUGGCUGCUCGCCUUUCAGGGCAGGCUCGUGGCUGCAGUCCUUGGCAUGCUACUCGUUUACUACAUGCCAAAAGAAGUCGGCUGGUUCUACUUUACGCUCAUUGUACUCGAGCACAUCAUCAGUUCAUUUAUGAGCACCGUACAGUUUGUCAGCGCUAGUGCCUUCCACACACAGAUUGCCGACCCUUUGAUUGGAGGCACCUACAUGACGCUCCUCAACACAAUCUCCAACCUUGGGGGCACCUGGCCAAAGUACUUUGUACUUGAAGGUGUAGAGUACUUUACACGCAAACGAUGCACCUCCAAAGAGGCAGCUUUUGCAAUUCUUGGCAAAAUAGAUCAAGAAAGGUGCGAAGCAGCCGGAGGCAAGGUCAGCUUCACUGUCGAUGGCUACUAUGUCAUCAACAUUCUGUGCCUCAUUGUUGGUGCGAUAUCAUUCUGGGCCUUCAUCAAGCCCAAGACGCUGCAUCUACAGAGUCUGGGACCGCGGAGUUGGCGCAUCUCCAAGAGCUAG